CGACGACCGGGUAGCGAAACGAGGAGCAGGAGCUGGACGCCAGGUACCCUAUCUACUGUCAGGAUAUGAUGCUGUAGCUUUCGCCACUGAACCUGCUGACUGUUGUGGCGUGGCCUUCAAAGGUCAGAGCGAUGCUCCCGGCGGUGCCGCUGUGAUCUCCGUUGCUGCAGUUUCCACAGAAACGAGACAACGGACGGCAAAAAGCAGCAGUCAAGUCGCAAAAAGAUGACAUCACCGUCACCCACUCACAGUGACAGCAGCGGCUCCUCUAAGCAUGACAGCAACCAGGACAGCUGGGAAAUUGUGGAGGGGCUCAGGGGGGUUCCUGCCAGCAUGCAGGAGCCUGACAGACAGGAGGGUUUCUUGCUCAAGAGGAGGAAAUGGCCCAUGAAGGGAUGGCACAAGAGAUACUUUGCAUUGGAGAAAGGCAUAUUGAAGUAUGCAAAGCGAGGAACAGAUCUGAAGAAGGGAAAACUUCAUGGCUGCAUUGAUGUCGGCCUCUCGGUCAUGUCAGUCAAAAAGAAAGCUAUGUGCAUCGACCUGGACACAGAAGACAACAUAUAUCACCUAAAGGUGAAGUCUCCAGAGCUGUUUGAGGAGUGGGUGUCAAAGCUGCGUAAUCACAGACUGUUUCGGCAGAAUGAGAUUGCCAUGUAUCCCCAUGAAAGGCACCUCUUCCACCCCCACGCCGUGUCCUCCCCGUCUCUCAAUGACUCACUGAGAAAAAGGACUACUCUCACCAAGCAGGCGUCAGUCCACCAGACUAAGGUCACUUCCUGGCUCCACUCCUCAGAGGACAUGAACAGAUGCUGCAAAGACUUAGAGGAAUGUGAAUCGUAUCUACUCGAACUCAACCUGCUGCUGAAGAGCAUGGAGGUCCUUCACCGCACAUACUCAGCCCCAGCCAUCAGUGCACUACAAGCAUCUACUUAUGAUAUUCCGAAAAAGGAGAAGAGGCCAAGGAGAUGGCGAUCCAAGAAUAACGGCAAAGAAACUAAAGCCACACUACAGGUAAAUGUCCCAAGCUGUAUCUCCUCCAAGUCCCCUCGCCUGCACGCCUCCAACCCCAAUCUCUCCACUACUGAGCCCAACAUCCAGGAGGUCUGCCCUGAAUCCCCAGACUCGCCUACAGACGUGUCUCGUCUACAGGAGGACUUCUGCAGGCUGGCCAACAACAUCCACACCAACCUGAAAUCAGCCUUUAGUUCCCUGUCAGCAGAAAGAGACAGACUGAGGCACACCAUGGACAUGCAGGCCCCCCAGCCAGCGCAGGUCAUUGGCUUGAAGACCGCCUAUGCUUCAGAAUGUCCAGGUGGCUCUCACUCGUUGGUCCACCAGGCGUCCAAUGAGAGCAAAGCAUCUAUCCCGGAGUCAAUAUCAGAAUUCUUUGACGCUCAGGAGUACCUCCUCUCCUCCUCCUCCUCUGAGGUGUCCGACGAUGACUCGUACAUCAGCGAUGUCAGCGACAGCGUCUCCAUGGACACCUAUAGCAACGAGGGAGGCAGUGAGAGACACAACUCGGUGAGCAGUGUGGUGCCCCUAAUUCGUCGACGUUCCACGCUACCCUCUCCCAGUCCCACCAGCAGCGUGAGCGUAUGGAACAUCCUGAGAAACAACAUCGGUAAGGACCUGUCCAAGGUGGCCAUGCCGGUACAGCUCAAUGAGCCACUCAACACCCUGCAGAGGCUGUGUGAGGAGCUGGAGUACAGCGAACUGCUGGACACCGCCAACCAGACCCAGGACCCUUACCAGCGCAUGGUGUAUGUUGCUACGUUUGCAAUAACUGCAUAUGCCUCCUCCUACCAUCGAGCAGGAAGCAAACCCUUUAACCCGGUCUUGGGGGAGACGUAUGAGUGUGACAGACCUGAUAAGGGCUUCAGGUUUAUAGCUGAACAGGUGAGUCAUCACCCACCUGUAUCAGCAUGUCACUCUGAUUCAAGGAACUUCACCUUUUGGCAAGAUGUUCGAUGGAAAAAUAAAUUCUGGGGCAAAUCCAUGGAAAUAGUUCCCAUGGGAACCACCCAUGUCACACUACCUGCGUUUGGGGACCACUACGAAUGGAACAAAGUGACAUCCUGCAUUCAUAACAUCCUGAGCGGUACACGCUGGAUCGAACACUACGGAGAGAUGGCCAUUAAAAAUAUCAACAGCAAUGACUGCCAGUGUAAAGUGACAUUUGUGAAGGCAAGGUCUUGGAGCUCUACAGUGAACGAGAUAGAGGGCGUGGUUACAGAUUCAAAUGGAAAAGUGGUACACUCAAUUUUUGGAAAAUGGCACGAGUCCAUUUUUCAAGGGGACCCGCCAUCUGCCACGUGCAUCUGGAGAGCGAACUCCAUGCCAGUGGACCAACAGCAGUACUAUGGCUUCACCCAGUUUGCAGUGGAGAUGAAUGAGCUGGAUUCCACCUUAAGACCUCUGCUGCCCCCCACAGACACACGCUUCCGGCCGGACCAGAGGCUGCUGGAGGAGGGGAACACAGAAGGAGCAGAGGAGCAGAAACAGAGGAUAGAGCAGCUCCAGAGGGAGAGGAGGAAAGUGCUGCAGGACAACAAUUUGACACAUCAGCCACGUUUUUUCAAGAAGUCUAAAGAUGACACGUGGGUGAGCAGCAACGCGUACUGGGAACAGCGCAGAGACCCUGGCUUCAGCAAAAUGGACUUCCCUGUGUUGUGGUGACCUCUAGAUUUAACCAGACCUCUCUACUGCAACUUAUCAUGGAGAGGGAAGUUUAAAACUGACCUGAGACCAGCUUGAAAGCGUGAUGACCUGGUUAAUAUGAAUCACUCCAUGUCAUGGUCACCCAACAAAUAUGGACUUCUGCUUCCUCUUUCAUGACCGAGCAGAGCCUGUAGUACUUCUGUUGGUUU